AUGUUUGCAGAUUGGUCUAAUAUCAAAUGCGUUUGUUUGGACGUAGACUCAACGGUUUGUGAAGAUGAAGGACUGGAUGAAAUUGCCGGUUUUCUUGGAGUUACUGAUAAAGUUAAAAAAAUCACUGAGGAGGCUAUGAAUGGAGAAUUGGACAUUACUAAGGCAUUAGAAGCCCGCUUAUCAAUAAUGAAUUUAAAUCUAAAGAAGCUUACUGACUUUUUAGACAACCAUCCAGUUAGACUAACACCGGGUGUUGAAAAUCUUGUUAAUCAGUUCAAAGAAAAUGGGGUUGAUGUUUACUUGGUAAGCGGUGGAUUAUAUCCGUUAGUUAAUCGUGUAGCCAAACUGCUCAAUAUUCCUGAAGAAAAUGUUUACGCGAACAAGCUGAUUUUCAAUAACGAAGGCACAUUUGUUGGAUUGGAUCAUAGUGCACCAACUAGUCGUUCCGAUGGUAAAGCCUUAAUCGUUAAUGAAUUACUGAAUAAAUUGCAUACUCCAGUUAUGAUGAUAGGUGAUGGAAUGACAGAUGCAAAUGCUUGUCCACCAGCUUCUGUAUUUAUCGGUUUCGGUGUCAAUGUUAUUCGUCCUAAAGUUAAAACUUUAUCCGAUUAUUUCUGUACAUCUGUGGAAGAAUUAAUUAAUUUGUUGAAAAACCAUAAAAUGUUACUAUGA